AUGGCCACGGAUUUCAAAGCCGUUGGCUUCGCGCAUUGCGUUCUGAUCAGCGGAAGUUCAAGAAACGCAAAACUUUCCGGGACGGUGCAGCAAGCCUUGAAAGGUCGCCACCUCACCAGCGGGGGCUCCAGCGGCGGCGCCGCCUCGGCGGUGGCCACGUUUUUGGCGCCCGUGGCGGUGUCCGAGGACACCGGUGGUUCCACCCGAUCACCGGCCUUUUCCAACGGGAACUUUGGCUACGACCCCACACGGAACCAUUAUCCCAAUGCUGGGAAUCCAGGUAUGGCCUUAAUCUUGGACCAGCUGGGCUUGAACGCUCGCAGCAUCGAGGACAUCAUCGCGCUGGAUGGCGUCUUCUGUGGCUAUGAUCCAAACACGGUGAAAAGCAAAAAGAUCGGUGAACUGCGUAUUGGUGUGCCGCAAUAUCCCUAUGUGGAGGCCUACGUGCCAGCUGGCGGCGACAAUCCCUUCAACUUCAGCGUGUAUCCAAAAGCCUAUAUGCCAUCCAGGCAGAUCAUGAAGAAAUACAAGGCCGCCAAGGCGGCCUUGCACGCCAGCGGGGCGGCCGUGGUGGAGAAAGAGUGGCCCAUGGAGGGAGACACGAACAUCUUGGCGAAGGCGUUCUUUCUCAUGAAGAUGGGAGAUGAAGUCGUCAGCCCCUAUUGGCACGUCUUCCAUACCUACAUGGGCCAGGUCUCCCAGUGGAUCAACGACUACUUGGGCGCGCCCGGCAUCACCAUCUCCGAUGUGGUUGCGGCCGCGCAGCCCGCGGGCAUCGGGCACGAUCCAGCCAAGAUCAUGCAAGCGAACACCAGUGAGGAGAAGUUGGCCUUUGUCAUCCAGGAGUUGCGUCAGGCUGGGGUAGCAGCAUGGAAUCGUCUUUUUGAUGAAGAGAAGCUGGAUUUGAUUCUCAUUCCAGGUUUUUUGCACACUGCGACCUUCGAAUGCAUGGCCAGUUCCACGUGUGAACAUCAAGUGAAGAAUCUGAUCACUGGGGAAGUGACCACUGAAGCCAAGUUUGCCUCGUUGGACAAUCUCUUCAUGCAUAGCUUUUCAAUGAAGCACAUGCCGUUGCCGAAGAUGAUGGUCCCUGUGGGUCUUGAUGAUGAGGGAAAGGGAAACCCCGUGGGCUUGCAGUUCUUGGGCCGUGCUGGACCUCCCAAAUCCCAGGGCUUGGGGUAUUCCUACGAUUCCAAGCUCUUGAAAGUCGUGGAUGCGCCCUUCCUGAAGGCGGUGCAAGUAGCGGUGGAUGCGAUGGUGAAACAAGAUCCCAGUCUGGCGAGAGUAGAACCGCAGUUGGUCAAAGGUCUGGAGAAUCUCUUCCAAUGA